CAGGAGGGCGGGGUGGGGAGGUGAAGUGGGAGGUGCAGGAGGGCGGGGUGGGGAGGUGAAGUGGGAGGUGCAGGAGGCCGCCCGCGUGGGCCUAGAGCAGCGCAAGAGGGACUUUGGCUUUGACCGGAAUGAGAUGUGGAACUGUUGGUGAGCUCUGAGGUUUGGACUGGCAAGAUCCGAACUGUCUUUAGCAGAAUCGCCCAGGCCUGCUGUGCACAAAAUGUGAGGGGAUGCAGUGGUGAGUGGGCCAGGGACGGGAGGCCGAGUUGCAGCCCAGGGAGAGGGACAGGAGGCUGCGUGGCAGUGCAGGGUGAGGAGGGGACUGGUGGGAGCGGGGGUGAGGGGCACUCUGCUUCUGCAUUCUUCUCACAGUGUUAAGCCAGUGGUUGGCCGAAGAGGCGUGUUUGGGAGCUGGAGGCCCUGGUGGCUCUCCAGAGCCUCAGAUGCCAGGAGGAGGCAGCCCUGACCAAGGCCCCGGGGAAGAAAGCUCCUGUCCCCGCGGUUCCCGCCUAGUCUGUGGUAACCUUAUGGCUCCUUGCCCUCCUUGGCCCACACCCUCUCUAGCCUGGUGGGUGCCUGUUCUGGGGGCAGUCUUCCUCCUCUGUGUGCCACAGGCUCUGCUCGCCCAGGGUGGGUAUCAGGAGGUGGGCCCUGCCCCUGUAGGCUUGGCCUGGGGUGGUGGUGCCAGGCUCGCUCCCACGUGUCGGCCCCCCUGGGUGAUGCCUGAGGGGCCUGCAGGGCCAUUUGGCCUGUAAAUAGAAAGGGUCACUGAGGCUCCCCAGUUUCCACCAGGCCAGGGUCCUCCCUGCACUUGGUGUGUGUGCCUGCGGCCGGCCUGGGGUACCGUUGCCCUGGUGCUUCUCUCUCCAGGGAUGGGGGUGGCGAACCCCAAGUGGGAGAUGGGCUGGUCUUCCCAGUUGCUUUCAAGGUCAUGCUUGGAACUGUAACCUGGGACUGUCCUGGUCUCCUUGUGUCUCACUGGGUCUGGGUGUGAGAACCGUCUCACCCGGGGCCCCUCAGAGGUGUGCAGGGGAGUGAGGACUGCUGGCCUCUCUGGGCCAUGGCGCUGUUGCCUUGAUUCUCCUGCUGGCUUUCCAAGGAGAGCUGACCCCGAGAGGGGCCUCUUUGCAGGGAGGGCUCAUGGCUCAGCCUCCUGUCUGUGGGGUAUUUGGGGAUGGUUGCAGCGGGAGAGCAAGGUGGUCCUCACAGUGGCUGAUUGGUGGGGCCCGGCUGCCACCGUUCUGGCUGGCUGGGCCACCCACCCCAGCCAGAGCUUACCUGCGCCAUCCUCUCUGCCUGCAUUUGUGCCCCCAUUGCCUCUUGCUGUGUGUCUGUCCAUGUCCCCCGUCUCUUGCUGGGUGUCUGCCUGUCCCUCCCUGUCCUGGCUCUUGGGCCCCCUCCUCUUUUUCUGUGGGAGUCACUGCUGCUCUCGUCUCUGUUCCCUUCUCUCUUUCUCUGAGUCUUUGCCUCUUUCUGUUUGCUACCCUUUCCCUACUUUUGUUUUCCUCUCUGCUGUUUUCUCUGUCUCUGUGUGUCUCUCGGCUCUCUCUCCGCCUGUCCAUCUGUCUGUCUCUGUCUCCCCCACUCGGCCCAUGUGUCCCUGCUUGCUGCGCCCUUCUGGGCCCUUGCUCUCUGCUGCCUUCCUCCCCUGCCUUCUCUCCUGGCUCCUUCUCGGUCCCCAGGCACACAGCGCAGCAGGAGACCAACAAGACCAUUGCAGCCAGCGCCAGCUCCGUGAAGCAGAUGGCCGAGCUGCUGCUCAGCUCCUCCCCGCAGGAGCGUCCUCAGCUGGACCGGCUGAAAACCCAGCUCUCGGAUGCCAUUCAGUGCUACGGAGUGGUGCAGAAGAAAAUUGCAGAAAAGUCCAGAGCGCUGCUUCCCGUGGCACAGAGGGGCAGUAAACAGCAGAGUCCCCAGGCCCCGUUUGCCGAGCUGGCUGCUGAUGAGAAGGUCUUUAAUGGGAGUGACAACAUGUGGCAGGGCCAGGAGCAGGUGCUGCUCCCGGACAUCACUGAGGAGGACCUGGAGGCCAUCCGGCUGCGGGAGGAGGCCAUCCUGCAGAUGGAGAGCAACUUGCUGGAUGUGAAUCAGAUCAUCAAGGACUUGGCCUCCAUGGUGUCAGAGCAAGGAGAAGCUGUCGGGUCCAGCAGCAGCAAAGCUAUGUGCCGGCAGAGCUGCAGUCCUGAGCCGGCCGUGGUGGCCCUGCUGCCAGGUGUCGGGCCGGGCUCCACACCCCUGCGGCCGGGCCCCCACUCCCGCACCAAGACACGCAAGCCCAACUUCAGCCCCCAGGAGACGGAGGUGCUGGUGCAGAGGGUGAGGCGCCACUACCCGCUGCUGUUCGGGGCGCUGCGGGGCACACCUGCCAGAAAGCACCGCGUGUGGAACCGUAUCCUGCAGGCAGUGAAUGCGCUGGGCUACUGCCGCCGCGACCUGGGUGACCUCAAGCACAAGUGGCGGGACCUGCGAGGUGCUGUGCGCAAGAAGCUGGCGGAGGGCGGCCCCGCCCCCGGCCUCCUCACGCCUGUGGAGCGCAUGGUGGCAGAGACCUUUUCCGCCCACGGUCCCCAAGGCGAGGGCCAGGCCACGGAGCCCCUGCCAAAUAGUAUUGAAGCCAGCCUUGAGGCUGCAUCCUCGCAUGCGGAGGCAGCCCGCCAGCUCCUGGCUGGAGCCAGCCGGCACCAACUGAUGAGGAGGAUGAGACCCCCAGCUGCUUGUGGCUGCCCCUGCGGACCCUGGAAGGGCCCAGCCCGCCUGAACCUGACCCCCUGGACUUACGAGGAGUCUUCCACGCACCCACCUCCUCACCCUCCCCACCUGCUUCCCCAGCCUCCACCCCACCAGCAACCACACUCAUGGGGGCCUUCCAGCCUUCCCCGCCCUCUUCGGCGCCAGCACCUCCCUUGCCCUCCAGGAGGACCCCAGUGGCAGCAUCUGAAACGUCCGCAUUUGAGCAGCGGCUGCUGGACUUCCACCGGCAGCAGGGUGCCCUGCUCUCCUCCUGGGCCCAGCAGCAGAGCACACUCAUGGCCCAGCAGAACCUGCUGCUGCAGCGGCUGGCCGAGCAGAGCCAGCGUCUGGCCGAUGGCGUGGAGGCCCUCAACCGGACCCUUGAGAGGCUGGUGGAAGCACGCCCCACCCGGGAAGCCUCACUCUCACUCCAGGACAGUGGUCCUGCUGGAGGAGUGGCCCAGGGGCCUGCUGGAGGCUCCCAGGACAGCCCUCAGGGCGCCCACUCGGGGCUCGAGGUCUUCUCAGGGAUGAUCUUGAAGGUGGAGGAGGAGAUAUAGGGCUGGUCGGGGGUGCUGGCAGAGCCAAAGGGCAGGAGCGGGGCCUCGGGUCUUUCCCCUGCUGAGUCCAGGCAGGGGAGAGGUGGCAGUGACUGGGUCUCCAGGGCGCCGGGACAACUCGAGUCCAGGAGACCAGAAGGAUGAGAGGAUGUGGGCUGUCUACCUGUGAUGCCGCGUCCUUGCCGUUGUCUGUGGAGUGUGGUGACCUGCAGGGAAAGGCUGCAGAGAGCCGACCCGUGGGGCCCAGUGGACCAGGUCUACUCAGGGAUGGUGCUGUUGGAGGCUCCAGCCCCUGCGGCAGUGGCCGUGAAGUCCGCAGCCCAGCGCCCCUGGCGGAGGGGGAGGUGGGGAAGAUGCACUUAGGGGCCCCCUGCUCACCGGAGCUCUGGAAAGGCUGGUUCGGCCAGGCCCUAAAAAGGUCCCAAGUGUGAUCUGGCAUGACUCCUGAAAGCCCCUGUCGCCUUCGUGGGCGUGUACGCUCGGAGGGCAGGGCUCCUGUGCCCUACGUGGUUCUGGCCCAGGGGAACCACAUCCCAUAAGCCUGGAAUAAUUUCUCUCCAAUUUUCUAUGUUAUAAAUACAUAAAGAUAUAUAUAUAUAUAUAUGCCUAUAUAUUACUUGGUACUGUAUGGGGCUGGGAUGACAUUUUGUACCUGUAGAUUUUUCUUGCAAAAUAUUUUUUUAUAUAAGCAUAAAAUAACAAAGCAGGCAGCAGUGCGGCUGCUGACGAGCACAGGAGUUGGAGCCUGCUUCUCAGGCCUGGCGGGUGCCGCUGCUUCCAGCCUCCCUGCGGGGGUCCGGGCACCUCCCUGCGUCUUCAGAUCCUUCUUCCUCCAUUACCUCCUUUGACUCUUGGGAGAUCCCUUGGUGGGGCUGCCCCAUCUGCAGUCCCUGCGUGGCAGGGCACAGGCUACAGCCCCCCAGCCUGGGCAGCCGUUGGGAGUGAGCAGGAGCGGGAGGUGGGACCAGCCUGGGCCUUGGCUGGUCUGGGGCCUCCAGCCUCUUCCUCUGCGGCCUCUGCCUGCCUCCCAUGGCCCAAAGCCUGUCCCAGGAGCAAGAUGCCGGCUGACUGGCCUAAGUGGGAGGCAUGCUGGUCCCAGCAGCUUCCGGGGCAGCUCCAGCACAGCCGAGAGUCAAGACUACAGUGUCCCUGAGAGCAGGGAGAGGGGCCUUUUCCUCGUUUUGCGUUUUCCUGUGGAGCCAGCAGUGUGUCAGUAACUCUUGUCUAUGAAAGAACCUGAGGUGUAGCUACAUGUCCAGCUGCUUUCUGUGCAUGCUUGGCCUCCCUCCAGGCUCCCCACUCUGUGCGUGCCCAUGGUGCUGCUGUUGGUUCUGGGCGGGGCCUCCGCUCUGAUGGUUCCACCCCAGGAAAGCUGGCCUUCCAUCCUGCAAAACCAGGUGACCUCAGUCCCACCACCUCCAAGAAGCCUCUGUAGAUCUUCAUUCUGGGUUCUUGGCCAUUAAAAAUACCCACCAUGGGCUGGGCAUAGUGGCUCAUGCCUGUAAUCACAGCAUUUUGGGAGGCUGAGGCAGGAAGAUCACUUGAGGCCAGGAGUUCGAGACCAGCCUGGACAACAUAGCAAGACCUUGCUUCUACAAAAAAUAAAGCUCAAUGAAUAAAGAUACCCAGCACGGCUGACAGUGGC